AUAUUCAGGACCACCCCUUCCAGAGGACAUAUGGCACUAUAUACAUUCUCUGCUUCCUCUGCGAGAUGCUGCACGUGUUGCAUGCGUAGGGAUGCGGUGGUGGCACCUGGAAAAUUCCUCCAUGUCAAGCAACUGCUCAUUGGGGUUUUAUCCUCGGACUAUGAUUAUUUCUCUCUGGUUUCUUUUCUUGAUGGGUGUCCUUCCUUGGAGACUUUCAUGUUGUAUGUACAGUGGGGGAAUCACAUGGAGCAAGAAUCAGUUUUAGGAGAUUCUUUUCAUGAUCUAAGACAAAUGUCAGGACACUUGCAUAGGAGCAUCAAGGAUGUGCAGAUCAUUGGCUUCUGUUCUGCAGAGAGUAUAGUUGAGUUGACAUGCCAUAUGCUUGAGAAUGCAAAGUCGCUUGCAUGCCUUACACUGAGCACCUGUUUCGAGAGUGAGAAUUCGUGUUCCGAUGGUGAAUACGAUAUAUGCCUCCCAAUGAGCAGGGAUAUGAUCAUGGAAGCCCAUAAAGCACUCUUGGUCGUGGAGAGAUACAUUUUGGCGAAAGUUCCCUCAACGGUGGAGUUAAAAGUUAUAGAGCCUUGCAGCCGGUGCAAUGCUCUUGAAAUUUAG